AUGUUUUCAUACAACUGCGGCGAAAGCCCCGAAACUUUUGUGGGGGAUUACGCGUUUCAUGAAGCGCGUAAAGAGCAGGUGACGGGUUCGAUUCUCGAAGGGAAAAUGUUUUAUAUUUUGGAACAGUUUCAAAAAGUUCGAAGCGUUUUGCCAGAAUUCAUUAUCAUCACUCGUGAUGGCGUUUCCGAGCAGCAAAUGAAGAUGGUGAUGCGUCAGGAAUUCGACGACAUUAAGGCUGGCGUGGCCAAUUUCUGCGAGGUGAAUAAAUUAACGGAAUUCAAACCGAAAUUUUUGCUGUCCGUCACCACGAAACGACACGAUAAACGCUUUUUUGCACGCGAUUCGAAUGGAAUCGUAUCUAACACGUUGCCGGGCACGGUCGUGGAUCGAACGGUGACGCGUGCCGAUUGUACUGAGGUGUUCAUGCAGGCGCAUCGGGUCAUUCAGGUUUAUUAUUAUCAUNCAAUCGAUAAUGAUGUCGUUGUGUUAUACUCACCAAAUCAUCAAUUCAGCAAUAUCGAUCCCAGAACCGAUUUACCAGGCUGA